CAAAAUGCGGUGAGAACUCCCACACGAUGUUAAUAGUGUGAUUGAGGUGUGUACAUGUCUGUAACGCACGUCGAUAAUGCGACUAAAACAGGAAUACUGCACAUGUCUUAAUUCCAUUUGUGUUUACUUCGAGUAUGACUUUAGUCGGAUUAAGGUCAUCCGUAAUCGCUGUAUACAUGCUAGUUUCUUAAUCAGAGUACCGUCUUAAUCGGGUUAAUAUCAGAUUAUCGUCCAUGUAAACGUACUGAAUGCGAAUCGUUCCAGAUGCUCCGGAUUCUGCAGAUUAUAUAUAUAUCUCUCAGAUGUGUAGGAUAAACCUGAAUCACAAUAUAGAGAAACAUGCAAUCUACAUAUAUAAUAUAUGAUAUGAUGUUCAUAUCGUGCAGCCCUGAACCCGGUGAAAAAUCGAAUUUCUUCUCAAAUGUACUCAACCAGCCGAAAGAGGUUUUCGUGUCUGAAAUUGGCUUCUUUUAUUUAGCAAAAAUGUAUCAAUCUCAGCCCAGAAUCUUUCUCUAAAUGCACCCCCAGAUGUUCACAUAAUAGCCUCAAACGUACUUCAUCGACGUAACUUCGGCUGCGUCUCAGUCAGCUCCCUAGUUCAGUAGUCAGGGCACCGAUCAGGGAGUCGGCCAUUUUCAGGGCUGUCUCAAUCGCAGAAUCUUUCCAGUAAACUGGAAGGUUCGCUCCUUAAAACAAAUCCCACAAUGCACCGCAAAAACCAGGGAACAUCGAUGCUCACUUUGUUCCCUUACUGCAAAUGACGUCAUAUUUUCUGAAGCAUCUCAGCUCAAAAAAAAAAAAAAUGGCGGACGAACUCUCAGCCAACUUCGUCUAUAAAUGUAAGUAGCUUGUUAUCGUUGUUGUGUGAUUACUUACGCUAGCGAUUUUUUUUUUCCAACUGUGUAUGGUUUGUUUAGUGUUUAAUGAUUUAAAAAAAAUUCACUAGCUAGCCUACGAUCCCGCUUGAAGCACCGUGACAGAAACACGUGUCUAUGACACAUAGUCAGGCUUGUAAAACGUGCACAGAGUGAAAGCCAUUUUAUUUAUAUAUAUUUAUGUGUAUUAAUAUCUGAAUUCAUAGUAACACUGUUCUGAAUGCUAUUAAUACACGUUCAAAAAACGACCAGAUUAGUUCGAUUGAUUCCUCAGAACAAAUAUGUUCUACAGCGUAGACGUCACUUUACAGUACAGGUAUAUACACACACCUCCUCGCUCGAACCUGUUCUACUGUGUGGUCAGACGCUUUCUCAAUUCCCCACUCGUGACUUUAGUUCCUAUUGAUCGUUUAGCAUGCAGCAGUGACAGAAAAACUUCUCUCCGUGGUUUCAUCUCAUCCGUUCAUAUACAGUACGACCUCUUAUUAAAAGUGCAGCGACGUUAUGAAGAAAUAUAAAGCUUGGAAGGAUGUAGAGGAGAUAGUAGGUCACGAUGUCGUGAACUCUGGUGAGCACGUCAUAUUAAGCGUAUGAUAUUAAGCUUAUUAAGACAUCAGAACCACAACAUUGUUUUACAAUGUACAAUGUUUGUCUGUGAAUCAAAACCCUGCCAGAAGUAAUCAUACAGUGUAGUAGAAUUCUGGUGCAAGUCUAAAGACACCAGACACUAACCGUCGUGGCUGAUUGACUGCGUUUGGGGUGAGAGGCUUAGAAACGGAGUAUUUUCUUUUCACUAAAUUGUUCCUGAGGACUGAAGGAUGAGCUCCGUGUUUUUUGUUAAUAAUGAUAACCUGAUAGUUAUGCCUGUUUUCAUGAACACACUCAUCUGCUUUUAGUCUGUGUGUGUGUUUGUCGAGUUGCUUCACCAGAACAUGCACAGUUUAUCAUUAUCAUAAUAAUCUUUGCAAAACAUAACCUGUCCGGGAAGAAAGACCAGAUGUUAGGCUGUAAACACACACACACACACACCCUCUGUUCAACCCUCUUGCAACAACAAAACCAUUGGGUUUGCAGUGUUUUCCAUUACGUGUGCCAUUUCUUAUGCAUAUUAGGAAUAUACUACAGCACACACACUCCACACAGAGACUGCACAACGCCCCGGAUCCUAACGUCAAUGCAGCUGGCCUUCCUCUGGCGGCCUUUAACAUUGGUAAACUCAAGCCCUAUCAGAGGGGCUUUUUCUGUAACGACGAGAGCAUCGGUUACCCGUUUCACUCCAGCACCAUCACCUCCAAUGUGCUCUACACAGUGGGCUUCACACUGCCCAUCUGUAGUAUGAUCAUUGGCGAGUGUGUUUCGGUGUAUCUAAAACGUAUCAAAUCAAAGUCCUCUUUCAGCAACAGCUAUGUUGCUUGCAUCUAUAAAGCAAUCGGAACCUUCCUGUUCGGUGCUGCCAUGAGCCAGUCCCUCACCGACAUCGGCAAGUACUCAAUCGGCCGGCUGCGACCUCACUUCCUGUAUGUGUGUAAGCCUGACUGGAACUUGAUCAACUGCUCAAGUGGAGCUUACAUCGAGAAUUUCUCCUGCACAGGGGACAAGAAGAUGGUAAACGAGGCCAGGCUGUCCUUUUACUCCGGCCACUCCUCGUUCUCCAUGUACUGUAUGCUGUUCCUGGCACUUUAUCUGCAGGCUCGAAUGAGGGAUGAAUGGGCUCGACUCCUGCGACCCACAAUCCAGUUCUUCCUGAUUGCUGCAUCUAUAUAUACGGGACUGUCCCGUGUCUCGGACUAUAAGCACCACUGGAGUGACGUCCUCACGGGCCUCAUACAGGGAGCGAUCGCGGCCUUACUGGUGGUCUUUUUCGUGUCCGAUUUCUUCAAGAAGCCGGCGGCCGUGCAGAAAGAUGACGACAUGGUGCACAACACCCUGCAGGAGACGCCGACUAACGGAAACCACUACGACGUCACUAACUGAAGCUGCAAGGAACCCUCGUUCCGCGUCUCGCUGUUCCGACAGCACGGUCUUGUCAGCGCACACUGACUGUGAGGAAGGACCACUGGGGUGGAAACCUGUGAAUGCAACCCCUGCUUUCCCCCUCUGCUAUGCCCAGACUCUGGGUUCCAUGAUGCCUUUGGGCUGCUGAUGCUGCUUUCCUGUGUAUGAUGCUAACAGAUUUGCUCCUCCGGCAACUUUGUUUUAAAGAACGAAGAAAAAAAAAUAACUAUUGCUAUACAAUUUUUUUAAUUAAAAUUAUGUUAAAACACUAUGUACAAAAAAAAAAAAAAACAUACGCAUCAUGCUGUUCAAAGAAAGAAAGAGAAGUCAUUACAGUUGUGAACCUGAAUGUUAAUAAAUGUGUUCCGUCACCACCGUC